AUGGACGACCCUACUGUUGUUUACUCGGUGCUCAGUGAAAACCAUCCAGCCGCGAACGGAGUCAUCCACAUCAUCGACGGGGUCAUGAUCAGCUCAAUGAACAGACCCGUUCGCAAUGAAAAGUUUUCCGCUCUGACGAUCGGUGAGAUUCUGAGGAAAGACGACCAGUUUAACCGCUUCCUGUCUCUGGUGGAUAACUGCGGUGCUCCCCUUCCACUCAGAGGAUUGGGGCCUUUAACCGUGUUUGUUCCGACCAAUCAGGCAAUAGACGCGGCCCGAGAUGGCAGCAUUCUCUACAUGCUCAACAAUGCCAAACACAAGUUGCAGGAGCUGCUCAAGUAUCACAUGAUUUCACAAGCCUCGUUGACGUCAGAUGACUUGGCUGUUGUCCCACGGAUCCAUACUAUGGCCAAUCAGGUCGUCCGUGUCUCUGUGACUAACAACGGCCAGUUGGUGCUCGGGGAUAAGGGCAUCCACAUUGUCAGCUCCAACAUCAUGGCCUCUAAUGGGAUCAUCCAUAUGAUUGACGGACUGUUGAUUCCUCCAACGAUCGUCCCCAUAAUGCCCCACCGUUGCGAUAUUGUUGAGAACAAGAUCACUGUGGGCCCAUGUACUCGCUGCAGUUACCUGUUUGAGACCAGCUGUCCUGUGGGAAGUGUAGAGAUGGAGAACCACUUGACUGGAUGCGAGUAUAUGAUCUUCUCCCCCUUUCAAGCCAUGCCAGGCAAAGGCUGCGCCAAAUACUGCAACACAACAAAAACGGUGGCAGAGUGCUGUAAAGGAUUCUAUGGGCCAGACUGCAAGCCCUGCAUUGGAGGCUUUGAAAAUCCAUGCUUUGGCAAGGGAACGUGCUCUGAUGGCAUGAAGGGGGAUGGAUCGUGCUCCUGUCGGCUGGGCUUUGAGGGCGUGGCCUGUCACAUCUGUUCAGACCACCGCAAACACGGAGAGAACUGCGAUGAAGAAUGCCGGUGUGUCCAUGGCGUAUGUGAUAAUCGUCCUGGCAGUCGGGGGCGCUGUCGUUCCGCCUCGUGUUCGGAAGGAUUCUCCGGAGAUUUCUGUGACAAACAAGAGAUGGCGUGUAACUCAGACGGGCUGAUGGAGCACUGCCACAUCCACGCGGUGUGCAGCUACAGCGGCGUCGACACUGUUUGUACCUGUCGAGAUGGAUAUGAAGGAGACGGUCACUCGUGUUCUCCCAUCAACCCCUGCGUCAAGAGCAGCCGCGGCGACUGUGACGUAAACGCUGAGUGUGUCUACAAUAGCCCGGGUAAUUCCUCUUGCGUCUGUGCUAAAGGAUGGAGCGGCGAUGGAAAAGUCUGUGUGGAGAUCAACCUCUGUCAAAGUGAAUCCAGAGGAGGCUGCAGCCCCUACGCCACCUGCACCCACGUCGGCCCCGCUCAGGCUGAGUGUGUGUGCAAAAGAGGCUACUCUGGAAAUGGAAAAGUGUGCAAUCUCCUUAACCCCUGCAGGGAGAACAACGGAGGAUGUCAUGAGCUGGCGACUUGUAAACAACUCGAGGGCAGGGUCCCCUCCUGUAUUUGUCCGGAUGGUUACCAUGGCAACGGCACUACUUGCUACGGCACCGUCAUAGAGGAGUUGGAGAUGAUGCAGGGGAGAAUGUCUGAUCUCUACAGAAGUUUUGUAUGGACACGCAGAGAUAUUCCUGCAGAGUUCUAUGGGAACAUUACCGUGCUGGCUCCCUCUGUGCAAAAUCAGUUCAUGUUCUGGAACAAGCAGCGCAGUGCUCUUCACUUGCUGCGUGCUCACAUCUUGCUUGGCGUGUACUCUGUGGAGGACUUGGAUAAACUAGUGGGAUCCAAAGUGCCCACUCUGAAUCCUCAGACCCAAUGGAAAGUCAGCAGGAGCAGCACUGGGAUGAUCCAGAUUGGAAAUGCCACCAUAACUAUCCACAACCUUCCUGCCACCAAUGGGUACAUACACAUUAUUGACCAGGCUUUGACUCCUGCUUUGAACGAAAUCCCCCCAGACCCUCCUACGCUGAUGGAUUUUCUCAACAAAACCAGCAACUUCAGCCUCUUCAGAAACUAUGCAAUGAACGUGUAA